CCUGGAGGGACAUGCAGCUGGAAUAAUUAUUUAGCCGACUAAAUUUCUAUGUGUGCUCCAUUGAAUUGGGUUGGAUAUUCCAUCAUCCCAUUGCGAUUGCGUACCUACCUCCUAAGGUAUCUGAUAGAAUAUCAUUGAAGGGUUACUCUCGAAUUCCGAGGCCUAGAUUAAUAAAUCUAUCAGUCAACCCACCCAAGAUGCCUCCACGAAUACCCCUCCUCGCCGCCCUACGGCAACCCUCCACUCUCUUCAAAUCCCAAACCGCCAACAUAUCAAGCACCAGCCCACGUAAAAUCAUCCACAGAAACGUCCCCAGCGUAACCUCCAACCUCCUCGACAUCGACGACCCCACCUCCAACGACCCCACCAGCGUCGCCGCCGACAUCUACGACAGCCUACGACACACUGUCGCGCGGCGCGUAGCCCUCGAGGAGGAGCUGCGCCAGAACAACAAGGUCGAGGAGUACAUGCGACAGCUACCCCGCCGCUGGCGCACCGGCGACGUCUACGCCCCGCACGACUUGAGCUCCGCCGAGAUGACCAAGUGGCGCCGCACACAGGCCCGCAAGAAGGACCUCGUCGAUAUCCUCGGUCUACGGCCGCUGGAUAUGUAUCGCAACUUCUCCGUCAUAUCAGAAUACAUGACACCGCAUGGGCGGAUAAAGCGCGCAGUAGACACGGGAUUACGGCCGGCGAACCAGCGGAAGAUGGCCAAGGCCGUACGGCGGGCCAUCGGCCUGGGCAUCCAUCCCAGCGUGCACCACCACCCGGAGAUUCUGAUCCGGGAGAACACCAGAUACUACGAGCAGGUCUCCGCGACAGUCAACAGAAACGUCAGGUCUUAAGGUUAAUAGCUGGUUGGGUAGAUGAUGGGUGGGUGAAUUGUACAACAACAUAACAUCUCCGUGUCUUUCAACGCUUAUUCGUCUAUAUAAAGCGAGGGUCCCCCCGUGAGGGCAACCACAAAAGCCCGACUUUUAGCAAAGCUCGUGCUUAUGUCAUCCCUUAUGUCAUCCCCUUAUGUCAUUCUUCCGAAAUUUAGCCGCUCAUUCCACUAAGGUCACGUGCCGCC